CAACAAGUAGUUCUCUUAGAUACAAUCCGAAACGAAACAAAUCAUAUCUAAAAUUCGAGAACGAGAAGACCGAAGAAAAUCAUCAAUCAAACAUGGCGGGUCACCACGCGAUGGAGGUUACAAAGACGGUGCUGGAGGUGGCGGACGUAGCUUGGACCGCCGUGGAAGUCUACCACCACCACCACAACCAUCACAGCGACGAAGGCGAGAAUCACGACGAGUCAACGAAUCCGAUCACCGAUCCACGAGAUCGAGAAAUAGAAGCUCUUCGGCAAGAGAAUCUCCGUCUCAGGACCUUGCUUGAAGCGAAUCUUAAGCUCUUUGAGACUCUCGCUGAAUCCGCUGCGUUGUCGCACGAUUGCCCUAAAGACAUCUAUGCGAGGCUUGUGUCGAUGGUUACUUCGAGGGACUUCUUGGCUCGAUUAGAAAGUCUAAGGCAAGCUUUGUCUCAUGGAACUCAAAAUCAGUUUCCCUUCAAAGAGCCUACAGAAGAUGAUGUACAGACUGUUGAAGUUCUUAUAGAGAUUGAUCAUCAAGAACCAAGCUGGUGGGUCUUGGUAACAGACGACAUGAUCCCUAGCAAUGUCGAGGAAAAAAGCGCCAUUGAUAACGACCAUUACAUUGUUGUGAAUGAGGAACAUGUGGUUGAUGCUGUUGCACACUUUUUAGCAAAAUGCAUCAUGUCAAACCCCAAAGCCAAGAUUCUCAAACCUGAAGAGCUUCAAAAGAUUCUGGCGCAAGAAGUUAGUGCUCUGAGCAAGGUAGGGAGGGUAGUGGAUAUAUGGCAUGCUGGGAAAAUGUUCUACACGUUUUCUACAUGGGGACUUGCUUUUGGAGGGUUAUAUCAAGCUCGUGGUGCGUUGAAGAUAGCUGCUAAGGGUGUUCAUGCAACAAGCAAAGUUGUUCUUAGGGCUCUCUGAAAGUUGUAUAAGAGGUCUAAUGCGAUGAAAGCAGGGAUGAUUCUCCACUUUCACAUGGUUUAUGUUUCUGUGUUGUGUUGGUGUGACUUUUAUUUUAGUUACUACUAUCAUUGGCUCAUUGCUUGUGUAAAUAGUGUAAAAAAGUGUGUGAUCAGAACUGUACUUUAAUUUACUUGAAUUAUCAUUUGUUCUUUGAUU